AUGUCCCUUAAUCCCCACUACAAGGUUAGCGGAACUUUGGUAAUAGUGGUUGACAAGGCUAGGGAUCUACCCAAUAUACGCAAGCUCGACAAACAGUCGCCAUAUUGUCUUCUAAGAAUUAAUGGAUUACCAGUUCAAAGAUCAAAAACUAUAUAUAGAGGCGGUCAGACUCCUGAAUGGGACCACGAACUUCGGUUCAAUAUAACACCAGAUGUUGAGCCGAAGCUGGGUCUUAUGAUAUUCGACGGCACCAAAGAGUCGUCCUCUUUGAUUGCAAGCACGGAAAUUGACCUUACUAAAGUCUUUAUUAGAGGUGAUCUAGAUGAUUGGUACCAUGUUCAUUCUGAAUCUUAUAAGAAAAAUAGGGGAGAGAUUUAUUUACAAAUGACUUUCUAUCCAGAUGCCCCAAUCGUUCCUCCCAAGAUUGUAAACACGCCCAGAACUUCUAAAAGAACAUCAGACAGACCACUUCCAGCGAUUCCAGGGUCUAAACACUCAUUUGACCUGUCCCCACUCAACACCGAGCUUGCUAGUUCCGUCAGAUCAAACUCUGUACACAAACCCUUACCUCUGCCUCCGUUAGAAGAUCAGGAACUCACACCACCACCAUACAGUGCGAGCCCAAGUGUAAGUGUAUUUAGUGAGCCUGGGAGCAAAGAACGUCACCGUGAACAAGAACGUGAACGCGGAUCUGUGCUGAGCAAGAUUUCGAAGAGAUUAUCCAAAUCUGUUUCACCCUCCAGAGAGCUAAUAGGCUCAUCCAGCAAACCUUCAAGUGAUACCUUUGACGUUCUAGAGCAGCAAAUUCAGUCAGAAAUCAGCAGAGAUCCCUCGGACAUAGGAAAGAAAAAGUACAUUGCAUCUUCUUGGGUCAGCAAAAAUCAGCCCCCAAAAAAAGUGCCAGUAAAUGAACAGGAAAAUAUAGCACCGCGUCCCAAGAGUAUGGACCAUUCCCAAUCACCAUUUACCUCUUCCAGGUCACCCAAAGGCAGGAAGCCACCCCCGCCAGCUCAGACGUCCUUCUCGGAUAUCUACUUAGGGACAAGUAAAGUAUCGGUACCAGCUUACGAAGUUUCGAAACAAGAUGAAAUUCUAGAUCCAAAACACUUUGCUCCAACUCCGGAUAUAAACCUUUCAAAAGCUUUAAAAUUCCAAGACGGGAAGAAUCUUGAUUUAAAAGAUUUCAAAUUUAGUACAUAUGCAUCAGAGAAAGACCAGAUAGACAGGGGUGGAUACGUGGGAGAUGGUAAAUGGAAUAAACCCGCUAUGACAUAUUCAGAGAUACGGAAACAACAACUGAGAGAGUACGGCCUCGAAGAAAACCAACCCAAGCCAUUGGUGCCUCCAAAAGUUCCCAUAGGAAUGAAUACGCAAGAAUACUACUAUGUUGACAGGGAAAAGUUUUUGAAGGACAUUCAUGGGGACAGAUCUUGA